CAAGUCUUUCUACAAAGCGCAGUUAGUGCUUUACCUUUCAAGAAUGGGGUUCGUUUUUAUCGUGUUGUCCAUUCUUCUUACUUUUGUGCUGAGCUAUUUGAGGCACUGUUAUACAUACUGGGAACAACAUGGAAUACCUCAGCUUCGUCCUCAUUUUCUGUUUGGACACUUCUCGAAACUGAAUGCAAUUCAUACCAACGAUCUACAGCAGGAGACUUACGAUGCCUUCAAGGGCAAAUGCAAACUUGCUGGCACCUAUAUCUUCACUCGACCUAUUGCCGUGGUCACUGAUUUGGAUCUAGCUAAAAAUAUACUCAUCAAGGAUUUUAAUAACUUUGUAAAUCGCUCGGAUCACCCUUCGCCGGAAACUGUUCAUCGAAAUCCACUUCUAGGAAAUCUCUUUAAUCUUCACGGUGAGGAAUGGCGAGGACUGAGAACAAAACUGUCUCCCACUUUUACCAGUGGCAAGAUAAAGUACAUGUUUAAUACGGUGACAGAUGUAUCUCAGCAGUUGGAGGAUACAUUUCGAUCAGAAGUUGAUUCCGGUAGAAUCUUGGACGUAAAUGAUCUACUUGGACGCUACACAGUCGAUGUGAUUGCUAGCUGUGCGUUUGGCAUCAAAUGCAAUUCUCUCAAAGAUCCACAGGCCGAAUUUCGUGUUAUGGCUAAAGAGCUUUUCUCCAACAAUAACCUUAAAAUUCGCUGGGUUCUUUUUAAGUUGAAUUAUGUAAAGCUUUUGUCAAAGUUACCUCUUCGCAGCUUUGGGCAACAACAUCUUGGAUUCUUUGUGAAUAUUAUUCGCCAAACUUUUGAUCUGAGAGAACGUGACAGUGUAAAGAGAAAUGAUUUCAUGCAACUAUUGAUCGACCUUCGGAAAUCUGAAGACAGCCAAGGAUUAUCCGUAGAGCAAUUAGCCGCUCAAGUUUUUGUUUUCUUUGUCGCUGGCUUCGAGACAAGUGCCAGUAACAUGAGCUACGCUCUCUUCGAAUUGGCUAGGAAUGAAGACAGCCAACGCAAACUAAGAUCAGAAAUUCAAAGUGUACUUCAAAAACAUGGAAAACUCACAUACGAGGCAAUGAUUGAAAUGACGUACUUGGAUCAAGUUAUUAAUGAAACACUACGAAAAUAUCCAGCACUUGUGUCGCUAACACGAGUUGCCGCCGAGAGUUAUAAAUUUUAUGAUAAGCUCACUAAUAAAGAAAUAAUACUGGAACGAGGCACAAAAGUAUAUAUCCCAGUGAAUGCUAUACACAACGAUCCCGAUAUAUAUCCUGAACCCAACAAGUUCAACCCGGAGCGCUUUGAAACCGAAGCCUUUCAGCAACGACAUCCGAUGGCUUUUCUUGGAUUUGGAGAUGGACCACGAAACUGCAUCGGAUUGCGAUUUGGACGAAUGCAAGUUAAGGUGGGACUAGUCACAUUGCUGAGCAACUUUAGAUUCAGUCCCGCACCAGGCGAGCCAACAGAAGUGGAAAUUGCCACCCAAAGUUUCAUCAGGCGGCCUUUGAACGGAGUCAAGCUUCGCGUGGAGCGUCUUGAGUAUCUAAAUGCAAUUCAUACCAACGAUCUACUGCAAGAGACAUACGAUGCCUUCAAGGGCAAAUGCAAACUUGCUGGCACCUAUAUCUUCACUCGACCCAUCGCCGUGGUCACUGAUUUGGAUUUAGCUAAAAAUAUACUCAUCAAGGAUUUUAAUAACUUUGUUAAUCGCUCGGAUCACCCUUCGCCGGAAACUGUUCAUCGAAAUCCACUUCUAGGACAUCUUUUCAACCUUCACAGUGAGGAAUGGCGAGGACUGAGAACGAAACUGUCUCCCACUUUUACCAGUGGCAAGAUAAAGUUCAUGUUCAAUACGGUCACUGAUGUGUCUCAGCAGUUGGAAGAUACAUUUCGAUCAGAAGUUGAUUCCGGUGGAAUCUUAGACGUAAAUGAUCUACUUGGACGCUACACAGUCGAUGUGAUUGCUAGCUGUGCCUUUGGCAUCAAAUGUAAUUCCCUCAAGGAUCCACAGGCCGAAUUUCGUGUUAUGGCUAGAGAACUUUUCUCUAACUCCAACCGCAGUAUUCGAUGGACUCUUUUUAGGAUGAAUUAUGUGAAGCUUUUGUCAAAAUUACCAUCUCGCAGCUUUGGACCACAACACCUUGGAUUCUUUGUGAAUAUUAUUCGCCAAACUAUUGAGAUAAGGGAACGUGACAGUAUUAAGAGAAAUGAUUUUAUGCAGUUAUUGAUCGACCUUCGGAAAUCUGAAGGCAGCCAAGGAUUAUCCGUAGAGCAAUUAGCCGCUCAAGUUUUCAUUUUCUUUAUCGCUGGUUUCGAGACAAGUGCCAGUAACAUGAGCUACGCUCUCUUCGAAUUGGCUAGGAAUGAAGACAGCCAACGCAAACUAAGAUCAGAGAUUCAGAGUGUACUUCAAAAACAUGGAUAUCUCACAUACGAGGCAAUGAUGGAAAUGACGUACUUGGAUCAAGUUAUUAACGAAACACUACGAAAAUAUCCAGCACUUGUGUCGCUAACACGAGUUGCUGCUGAGAGUUAUAAAUUUUAUGAUAAGCUCACUAAUAAAGAAAUAAUACUGGAACGAGGGACAAAAGUAUAUAUCCCAGUGAAUGCUAUACACAACGACCCCGAUAUAUAUCCUGAACCCAACAAGUUCAACCCGGAGCGCUUUGAGACCGAAGCCUUUCAGCAACGACAUCCGAUGGCUUUCCUUGGAUUUGGAGAUGGACCACGAAACUGCAUCGGAUUGCGAUUUGGACGAAUGCAAGUUAAGGUGGGACUAGUCACAUUGCUGAGCAACUUUCGAUUCAGUCCCGCACCAGGCGAGCCAACAGAAGUGGAAAUCGACACCAAAACCAGCAUUCGACGGCCUCUAAACGGAGUCAAACUUCGCUUCAUAUUCAACCUUUAUAGAAUGGGGUUCGCUUUUAUCGUAUUCUCCUUAGUGUUGACAUGGGUGUUCAGUUACUUGAGGCACUGUUACACGUACUGGGAACAGAACGGAAUACCUCAACUGCGUCCUAACUUUCUAUAUGGACACUUCUUCAAGUUAAACGCUGUACAUCUGAACGAUUUGAUACAAGAAACAUACGAUGCCUUUAAAGGCAAAUAUAAAGUGGCUGGCACUUAUAUCUUUACUCGUCCCAUUGCUAUAGUCACAGAUCUCGAUCUGAUCAAGUCCAUACUUAUCAAGGACUUUAAUAAAUUUGAAAAUCGUUCGGACCCGCCAUUGAGUUCCAAUAUACAGCGAAAUCCACUUCACGGAAAUCUGUUCAAUCUACACGGCGAGGAAUGGCGAGCACUAAGAGCGAAACUUUCUCCCACUUUUACCAGUGGCAAAAUAAAGUACAUGUUCAACACAGUCGCCGAAGUAUCUCACCAGCUGGAAGAGACUUUUCACACUGAAGUGGGACCUUCCAAUGAGCGUGGUGCAAUCUUAGAAGUGUAUAACUUACUUGGUCGCUACACAGUCGAUGUGAUAGCCAGCUGUGCCUUUGGCAUUAAAUGCAAUUCCCUUAAGGAUCCUCAGGACGAGUUUCGUAUUAUGGCAAACAGAAUUUUUGCUGAAGCAAACCAUAAUAUUCGAUGGAGUCUUUUCAAAAUGCAUUAUGCAAAGCUAUUAUCAAAAUUACCUAUUCGUACCUUUGGAUCCGGACAGAGCGGAUUCUUUGUGAAUAUCGUGCGGCAAACUGUUGAGUUGAGAGAACGUGAGAAUAUUAAGAGAAAUGACUUCAUGGAUAUACUGAUUGAUCUGCGCAAGUCUGAAAAUAGUAAAGGUUUAACAUUAGAGCAACUGGCAGCUCAAGUUUUCGUUUUCUUUAUCGCUGGCUUUGAGACUAGUGCCAGUAGCAUCAGCUACGCUCUCUUCGAACUGGCAAAGAACGAAGAUAUUCAGCACAAGUUGAGAACUGAAAUUCAGCACGUUCUUAAAAGACAUGGAAAACUGACCUACGACGCUAUGAUGGAAAUGACUUACUUGGAUCAAGUUGUUAGUGAAACACUUCGAAAGCAUCCAGCUGGCGUUUCGCUUAUGCGAAUUGCUUCCGAUAACUACAAGUUGCCCUCGUAUGACGAUAAAACUUCCAAUGAAGAGAUUGUUCUAGAACGUGGCACUAAAAUACAUAUUCCUGUGUAUGCUAUACAUAACGAUCCCCAGAUAUAUCCUGAACCCCAAAAGUUUAAGCCCGAACGAUUCGCACCUGAAGCUUGUCAGCAGCGUCAUCCGAUGGCGUUUCUUGGAUUUGGAGAUGGUCCGAGAAACUGCAUCGGAUUAAGAUUUGCACUAAUGCAGGUUAAAGUGGGACUAAUUACUUUACUGAACAGUUUUCAGUUCAGUCCGGUACCCGGUGAGCCAACAGAAGUGGAAAUUGUUAGACGUGGCAUCGUCCGACGGCCAUUGAACGGUGUCAGGCUACAAGUGAAGCGGUGCCAGACUUAACAUAGGCUAAGAUUACCAGUCGCGGCAAAUGUAAAUACAAAUAAAAUAAACAAAGCAAAUUGAGAGGGUGA